AUGUCUCACGCCAACGAUAACGGUCCUGCUCUUAUCGCGAGGGAUAGCGGCAACGACCAUGAUUCGGAUGUUGAAUUCACUAUAGAUCUUGAACGUUCCGACUCUGCGGUCGCAAUGCAGAACAAGUUGCAUCUGCCUAGUCUGAUGUCUCAGAUGCAGCAAGAUUCACGGAACCUGAAAGCCGGUAUCGAAUAUCUCACGUACGAAAGGGAGAGUUUAGAGACCGCCAUAAUGCGCCUCGAAGCAGAAACGGAACACUUUGGUAUGGAGCAAGAGAUCGAAACGAACGAGCAUGAUGCUAACACUCGACUAUUCGGCUUGACCGAUCCGGACCGAGAUGAAAUCAACAUGGUUGAUGGCUGCAACACUUCGGGGCAUAAAUCCUUCCAGUCUAACUCCCGCGAUCACCAGGAAAGCUUCAUCGCCAAAAGUUUGACAGCGUUGGGUUUUGACGCCAGCAACCUUCAUACAUUCCGUCCGGAUUCCAUCCACAUCAUCUACCAUGCGCUCUUGUCUGGAUACAGACGCUCAAACCUGGCCGCCUUUGCAGACCAGGAAGAGCCGGGAUGUUUCUUCUGCCUAGAAGAGAUUGCUAUCGGUAAUUGGGCUGUUGCAGUGUGUCACUCUGGCAGGGAGGAUGGAUUGUGGUGCAGUACGCACCUCGACAAAGGAUGCAUAUGGUUGACCAAGGCUGAAGGUCUCUGGAAGCUUAAUGUGUUCUGA